GUUGUGCGCGGAAUUCGGUAGAAGUGAGUUUCAACCACAAGGAAAAUCUCGCUGAGGGUCAGUUUUCCAGUACCGGCAAGAGUAUAAGUGUCUGAUUUUACUCCGGUUGAAAAAAAUAACACGUGUCGUAAGUUUUAGAAAGUUUGCAGAACAUUUUUUGUUGUUUUUUCCAUGUGAAGAAAUUUUGUGAAAUUUGAUAUAUACGUUGUGUUAAACAGAAUUUCAAGGUGACCUUAACAUUUCAUCGCAAACAAAAUUUGAAGGAACGGCACAGCUCAUGAUGAAGCUUUGUGAUGAAUAACAGUAAUGCUAUGAAGGUGCCCCUGUAUGUGCUGUUAAUAGAAUCAACUCUAAUUGCAGCAGGUGUCGCAGUUCAUCCAGGUUGUGAAUGCAUCAUCUUCUCUAAAAUGUACGGCAAGGAAAACGGUUUUUUCAAAAGUCCUGAUUUUCCGAAACCUUAUUCGCCUAAUAUCGAUUGCCUCCUUUACACCUUCAUCGGAAGUACUGAUGAGAUUGUCGAACUCAGUUUUUCGGAUUUCGAUUUACACAAGACGCAAGCCGAUUGCAUUCUUGGUGACUACUUGAAAGUAUUCAUGCACUUGGAAGAAGUUAGCGUGAAUGAGUACACGCCAUGGGAAAUUCUAAUGUGUGGAGGAUUUGCAGAUAUACCGAAUACACUAUAUUCUUCGGGAUCUGUGUUAGUUCUGGAGUUCCAUUCCAGCUCAUAUACAUCGAAUUCUACGGGAUUUUUGGGAACGUUUAAAUUUUUGGAUAAACGAUUAUUUAGAACAGAUGGCUGGAAAUUACCGAGUACCGCCUGUGACUACGAGUUUUACACUUCGGAUCACCCACAACUUUAUGGAAAAUUCUACUCUCCCAGAUUUCCAUCUAGUUAUCCCAAGAAUAUUAGAUGUACUUACAAAUUUCAAGGAAGGCACAAAGAACGAGUACGAAUAAUAUUUGAGGAAGUUGCAUUGCAGAAAGGAGAUAUCAGUUGCUUAAAUCGAGCAGACAUAAUUAGAGUCUUCGAUGGCAGCACGUCUUCGGAUCCAUCCAUUAUUCUUCUGUGCAAUGAAGAAACACAAAUAGAAAUUUUUUCCACUGGUCCAAAUUUAUUUAUAGAGUUUGUUGCGAAUUCAGAUAAUCCAGGAAGGGGGUUUAAAGGGAAAUUUCAAUUUCAAACCAGUGAUAAUUCUUUAGAUAAUCGGAGUACUAGUCAGCAAGGAGCGCAUUCACAAUCAAUAGAGACUGAACCUAACGUUAGGGAGACAAGAUCAAAUUGUGAUGUAAAUAUAAGUAGUGAUACAAGUAGAAAUGGAACAAUUAUUAGUCCGUCUUAUCCUUCACCAUAUCCCGCUAAAACAACUUGCUCGUACGAAUUUCAAGGACGAGGUAAAGAAAGAGUGCAAAUCGUCUUCCACGAUUUUAGUCUAUAUCUUCCUAAUGGCAACGCAAAAAAUUGUGAUAAUUCAGACUCACUUACCGUCUUUAUACAUAUUGACGGACGAAUAGAAAAAAUUGACAAAUUCUGUGGUACAACUUUACCAAAACCAGUGAUGUCGAACGGACCCCGACUGAAACUGGAAUUUCAAAGUUUCUACACAUCUAGGUACUCCAGAGGAUUCAAAUCUACGUAUGCCUUUAUAGAAAACUUUGGUGUUAAAACUGGUACCCAAUUGUCUACUUACCCAUGUGCCUUUGAAUUUAAUAGUAACGAAUCGAAAGAAGGAUAUUUUCAUAGCCCAAACUAUCCUGGCUUAUAUCCAAGGGAUACCGAAUGUCAUUACUUUUUUAAUGGUAAUAUGUCUGAACGUGUGCAAUUACAUUUUAGCUACUUUGAUGUUGAGGGAGUUUUACCUUGUGAAGCAGUAUCCGCCAGCGACUACGUAGAAUUUUCAAAUUUCUUGACGAGAGAUAGGAAAUUUUCUAGGUACUGUGGCCAACUAAAAGAAUUUGAUGUAGAAUCAGACAAAAAAUUCUUCAGAGUAACUUUUCGAUCAAAUGAUAGGUUGGACGGAACGGGAUUCAACGCCACUUAUCGUUUUGUUGUCGGAAAAAAAAAUCCCGAGAAGAAAACAAAUGCCAACACGAAUUCAAGUACUUGGAAUAAAGGUGUUUGGUUCUGGAUUCUAUCAAGCAUGUUUUUAUCGACUAAGAUCACAACAUAAUCAUCUAAUAUAGUAAAACAGGGAACAUUCAAGCAAUAUUUUUUUCGUAAAUUGAACAAUUAAAUUUCCAUUGAAUUCACCUGCGAAAUAUAUAAGACUGUAAAUAUGAAUAUUUUAUGUUAUGUUUGUCUGUUCAAAUUUGUAAAUACCGUAAUAUAGUAUUUCAUAUAAAA